UAAUUACCAUAACGAAUCUCUUUUCUUAUGAACUCAGAGUUGACGAAAAAAGGAAAUCAACUGACACUGACCAGAUGCAUUUUUAAUCAUAUAUUUGACAUUUGUUUAUCGCACCUUAUAUUUAAUAUCAUUUUUAUACUUUUUAUUUUGUUAGUUAUUUUAAUGACAUCACCUGAGAACUCUUGUGUGUUUCGGGGCGACAGUGGGUACGAUGACUCCAAGAAUAUCUCUGCGAAGACUAGCAACCCCAACACGACCAGGACCAUCAGCUCGGAGGCCUAUGACUUCUGUGGAGAGCCGCUGAUUGCCCAGCACCUGACCUUGGACUUCACCCCCGUCCAGGGGUUGGAUAGCGACGCGGUGGCCAGGAAAGUCUGCUCAUUCUGGGAAUUUAUUCAUGGCACGCCUAGUAUACAGGAUUUGAAAAUGAAACCGGAACCAGAGGAAGUGAAACUAUUGACAAAGAAGUCAACAUGUGCCCACAUGAAGGCCGUAGACCUUCAUUCAGAUUCUGAAAGUACAGACAGCAGACACCAUAAAAAAGCAAUUGAGUUUAUCAAAUUCUCUAACCAAAGAGGUAUGCUUGACGGCACUCGAUUACCAAAGUCAAUGUCUCAUUACACUGUAGGCAGUGACUAUUUUCUCGGCGAACGUGAGACCAAGGAAGAUAAAAAAGCACAUGUGUGUACGUGCUCCAGUAAAAAGUCAACCUGUUGCACGUACCCCAAGAAGACUAAAGCUGGACCGACCAAGACAAUCAAGGAUUGGGAAACUAAACAUCCGAAAUCGAUGAAACCGCCUGGCCAUGCACCAUCCCUACAGCAUGCUAUCUUGCAGAGACCAGUUGCCAAUUGACCUUGAAUGUUUACAGUUUUUUUUAACCUUAAAUGAUUCUAUUCCCUAGAUAUAUUAUGUUUUAACUUUUACUAAAUAUAUGGCGUGUUCGUGAAACCUGUCUAAGCGCCUGUCAUGUGCCCGUUGUUGGGCAUUUCCGAUAUUAUACCGUGAAUAUAUUAUAGCCGUUCUGAUGGUUAAUAAUAGUUAUCUCACGAUAGUUUUAUACUAAAAUAUUUAGUUUUGUUAAUUAUGUUUAUUAAUAAAUGUAUUUUGAAUA